AUGUCCUCCCCCUCCCCCUCCUCCUCCGCUGCCGCUGCUGCUAGCAUGGACCGCUCGCUCUCGUCGUUGUCGCUCACGUCCACACAGUUCGAAUCCGAAGACGACUGGGACAGAUCGCUCCCCGAUCCAUCCGUCUCCUCCCUGGACGUCGACAUCAACGAUCAAGCUCAAGCUUCCUCCUCCUCCUCCACACCCUCCUCAACACCCGCACACGCAUCAUCAACGACCCCGCGCAACUCCGUCGUCUUCCCGGCAACCGCAACCACAAGCACCACACCCUCAAGACGCUCGCGCUACUCGUCGACGCACAGCCGCGGCCCGAGUCUGGACAAGGCGGGCAAGAAGCGCACGCUGAGCGAGCUGUUGAGGAUGCAUGCGGAGAAGGGGUGUAGUGCCCGUGUUAGCAAUGAGGAGGCGGCGAGGAUUGCGGAUGUGUUGGGGCAGUGGAUAAACGCGUCCUCAUCACCAUACGAGCUCCCAGAAGACGACUUCUUCUCACCAGCGCACUCGCAGGACGACCUCUCGAUCGCAGCUAAACGGCCCAUCCCCGUGCACGUCCAAGCUGCGCUGCGCCCGCGCGGGAGGAGCGAGAGCGGACCGUCGCCGUUGGCUAUGACACCUGUGAAUGGAGGUGGAGGUGCGGGAUCGAGGCCGCCGAGCUCGGUUGGGUUUGUGGGCGCUUCGUGA